AUGGCCGCCAUACAGCGUCGUCUGCAGAUACUACGCCAGAGAACUCGUGAUCUUCCGUUUCCGAGGGUCUUUCAAGACCGUUCAAACCCUCUGGAGACUCUAUCUUCUCCUGAAAUAUUCCAGAGGUAUCGUUUCCGUCCUCAUUCUAUUCUUCUUCUCGUCAACAUCCUUUUUCCUUACUUGGAACGAGCCACUGGACGCUCCUGUCCACUACCCCCUCUUCUUUCCGUACUUAUUUCUCUCCAUUUUCUGGCAACUGGAGCCCACUAUAUCGUUGUUGGUGACGUCCAUGGCAUUUCCGCUUCGUCUAUCUGCCGCGCCAUCAAAACCACUGUCGCUAUACUUUCUGGAGUUGCAAGAAAGAAGAUCCAGUUCCGUCGGGAUUUAGAUGCUGUAAAGGCAGAGUUCUUCUCCAUUGCCGGAUUUCCAAAUGUCAUUGGACUGGUGGAUGGAACCCACAUACGAAUAAAUGCCCCUCACCAGUAUGAGGAGGACUAUGUAAAUCGCAAGGGCUAUCACUCUAUCAAUGUUCAGAUGGUAUGUGAUGCUGGGUUCCGGAUUCAAAAUGUACUUGUGAAGUGGCCUGGAAGUGUCCAUGAUGCCCGCAUAUUCCGGCAAUCUUCCUUAUGCCUGGAUUUGGAAAAUGGUAAAUGAAUCAAUGCUCGUGUAUUUCAAUGAAAAUGCAUUUUUCUCUUACUUUGAUGUCUCAUUUAAUGUCAUAUAACCAUACAAAUACACACAUUUUCUGAGUUUA